GAAAAAUAAUAAUUCUUAUUAACAAAACAACAGCUAACGAAAGGACAACUUUAAACUUGCAGCUAGUAGUUAAAAAAAAAUGACCGAUUAACAAAAAUGAUUUUCAUGUUUAAUAUCAUUUUAGUUUCAUUACGUAUGUUAGUAAUAUCAGCUGAAUAUAGCUACAAAGAUCCUGAUACAUGGAAAGAACAAUACCCGCAAUGUGGUGGUACAGAGCAAUCACCCAUUGAUGUUACAGAUUAUGAUAUGCGAAAAAAUUUCGCGGAUUCGGCUUAUAGAAUAAAUCUAGAACAUUAUAAAACCGUACCUGCGAAAAUGACUAUGAAAAAUAACGGCCACUCAUUAAAAAUAAUGUUUGAAUGGACUGAAGGUGAGACUAAGAUACCUCACGUUUCCGGGGGCACUCUUGAAGCUGUCUAUGAUUUACAUUCACUAGAAUUUCAUUGGGGUCCCGACAGUAAUUCUGGAAGUGAGCAUACACUUAGCGGCGACAGUUUUCCAAUCGAGUUACAACUAAUUCACUACGACAGUGAAUUUGAUAGUUUUGAGGAUGCUCAAGACUACGAAAGAGGAUUAACAAUCUAUACUACAUUUUUCAAAGUAGACUCUGUUGAAUCGGGAUUCCUAACAAAAAUAAUUAAAAAACUUCCGGAUGUUGUAGAUCCAGAAACAGAAACAGAAAUUGAACCAUUUGCAAUCGAUGAUCUUUUGCAGGAAGAGGAUGUCUAUAGCUUUAUUAUAUAUCAUGGCUCUCAGACAUCACCACCGUGCUUAGAGUCGGUUAAUUGGUUGAUAGCUGAUCAAGUUUUUUCAGCUACAAAAAAACAAAUACAAGUAUUUCAGACAAUUCAUCUACUUGAUGGCGACGAUCAUAAUAAUCGACCCUUGCAACCGUUAAAUGAUCGCGUACCCGUAAUUUUUGCAAAGGGCGACCAGGUGACAACAUUUCGCCGAAAAUAGGCCGAAAAAAGGCCUUGCAAGCUUUAGAAAUUACUAAUGAAUAAAUUUUAUUACAUGAAUAUUCAAUAAAUAUUACUAAAUAUGUUAAAUGUCAUAAAGACAUAAUGUCAAUGACGAAAAAAUUUCUCAUUACAUAUAUGUACGUCAGUGAAUUUCACUUUAUUUAAAUUAUUAUUUUUAAAAAUGUGUAGCACAAUUUGUUUAUUUAUUGUUUAUUGUAUCAGUAAAAAUCUUAUCAUCGAUUCAUGAUAAACAAAUUUUUACGUACAAAAGUUUUCAUAUUUUUGGUCCUUUCUGUAGUGACAUUGCGAUAAUGAAA